UGGUAAGAUAAAAAAGGCACAUAAUAUCUUCGAGAUGGAGAAAAUGGAUAAUUUAAACUAUAACCAACCGGGUUUAUCCGAAAACAUUGAAAGCUUAUUGAAGAUAAACGACGUUCAAUCAGUGCUGCAAAAACGGGCGAAAUGUUUGAUACAAAGCCGGCAAACCGAAGAAAUCUCCAUGUACCUACUUAACCAAGAUAAUAACGCGGUCAUCGAAGACGUCGACGUGGAACAGGAGGAAUUCAACGACCUCGAGAAACAGAUAGAAACGGGCACCUCCCGCUGUUCCCAAGCCGCCGACGAUUUCGACAGCGCUCUACAAUCCUUCCAAGGCACCGAAGACGUGUGCGUCAAGCUCAAGGAGCACAUCGGCCAGCUGCUGGACAGAUCGCGAUCCGUGGCCGUCGGUUACGCGGACCUGCAGGAGAAAAUCUACGACCAGCACGUGGAAUUCGAGAAGCGCGAGAAAGAGAGCGCCCUGCGCACGGAGCAGGUGCAGCGGCGCAUCGCCGAAGCGCGCUCUAAGCGCGACAAGAUGCGCGGAGCUCGCGAAGCCGAUGCUGAAGAGAUCGCCGCGCUGAGGCAGACGCUCGCUGAGAAGAAGUGCCGUUUGGAAAAAUUAAACGAACGCAACGAAGAGUUUGAGUUGGUUUUAAAGCAGGACGUGGUCGAGAGGAAGGCGCUGCAGAAGGAAUUGGACGAGAAGAAACAGCAACUUGAAGUCGCCCGGCAACAGCUCAAUGCCAUGAUGGAGGAAAACGAUAUAUUGGCGAAAAAUUCUCAACGGGCUGUUGAUGAGAAGAAUCGAAUCAUUGAAGAAAUCGAAAAUAAAGUGCUCGAAGCACGCGAGAAAUUGACAGAAAGUACGGCUCAUUUUCAAAAGCUUAUUGAGUCGAAAAAACAGGCUCUUUUGGAAAAAGAAAUAAAGCUGAAAGAAGUCGAGCUUUGUAACAUUGAUAAGGAAAAGAGCUUAAGCGACUACCCAGAUGAUCUUACGUCGCAGAUAGAGCAAGCUAAAACCAAUUCGGAAAUGGAAGAGAAUAAAUUGCGAAUUUUAAAUGAAGAUCGUAACAAAAUAAAGGAUGAGAAAACCGAAUAUAUGAAGCUUCUGAUGGAAAAGUUCAAAGAAUUCAGUGAACUAAAGCAGAAACAAUUCGAUGUCGAGCGAGAAAAAUGCGCGAAUCGCGCGAAAAUCGAUACAUUAAAUGCACAAAUGAUGAUCGACGAAGCGAAAAUAAAACAAAUCGAGUUCGAUAUCGAAAAAAUACCGGAACACGAGUCGAUAACCGUUUUAAACGAGCGACUACAACACUUUUCCGAUCUGAAACAACGGCUACAAAACGAACAGAGGAAAUCGAGAAAACAGAACGCUAAGGCCAAGAAGCAUCUCCAAAAUUUUACCGAAACAAUCAACGGCUUAAAGAGAAGAAUUGAAGUCAUUAAAAAAUCCAAUCAAGCCGAUGAUGUUCAAUUACCGUCGUCUUCAACAAAGGAUAAUGACACUCAACCGAGCAUAUUGAAGAAGAAAGGCACAUUUGCUCGUCCAACAACUCCCAAGAAAGUUAUGUUUAUGAACGUUUCCAGCGAUUCAAAUGCAACGACCCAAAAUAACGAGUAAUUGCGAGAUUAUAGCGGAAGCGAUCUCUCCAAUUUUCUUGUGUUGCUAUUACCAUUUACUAAUAAUUACUACGAUAAUUGAGUUAGAAAGGUAUUAAGAAAACUACAUAUUUCUGUUUUAUUCAAG